AUGCACUCGUCAGCUAUCGCCGGUGCAUGUGCAGGCCUAGUCUCGAGCGUGCUUACGUGUCCGCUGGACGUAGUCAAGACGCGACUCCAGGCACAAGAAGGUCGUCGUCGACCCGCCGCUCUCUCCACACCAAUAGCCGACGCUUCAGCGAUAUCCUCGGUCGAAACGCAACGAUACCUCGGUUUAAGGGGGACGCUGCGGAAGAUCUGGGCGGAUGAUGGGAUUCGUGGGUUUUAUCGCGGAUUGGGACCGACGAUCUUUGGAUACUUGCCGACAUGGGCGAUUUACUUUAGCGUGUACGAUUCGUGCAAGACCAUCCUCGCGCGCGAUGUGGCUGGGUCUGGAGAAGAAGACUUUGUGAAUCACAUUGUCUCGGCCAUGACAGCUGGAGCUGCAAGUACCGUAUGCACAUCCCCACUGUGGGUGGUCAAGACACGGUUCAUGCUGCAAUCCUCCCGCUCUUCGGUUCAACGAUACCGCCAUACCGCCGAUGCAUUCGUCCAAAUUUACCGCUCAGAAGGCCUACGUGGGUUCUACAAAGGCUUGCUACCGAGUUUGCUGGGUGUUUCGCAUGUGGCGGUGCAAUUCCCGCUGUACGAAAGCUUCAAGAGCCUCGCGAGGGAUCGCGUGGGGAGGGACGACUUGACAGCGGCGGAGAUUUUGACCUGCAGCAGCAGCGCCAAGAUGAUCGCGAGCGUUACAACGUACCCGCACGAAGUGCUGCGCACCCGACUGCAAAUGCAACCACGCGGCCAAGGAAGAACCUACUCCGGAGUAUUGCAGGCCUGCAAAACCAUUGCAAGGGACGAAGGCGUCAGAGGAUUCUACAAGGGCAUGACAGUCAACCUUGUAAGGACCGUCCCAAGCUCGGCAUUGACAAUUCUGACGUACGAGUUGAUCAUGCAACACCUCACCCAUCCCGACGCCGCAUAG